AUGGCAAAAGUUUAUGAAAAACUACAGAAGUUACUUACAAGCUAUGAAGAUUGGCCUAAAGCAAUUAUAACAGAACAAACAUUUAUUGACUCUGUAUACAUAAUUCGUGGCAAAGAUAAAGGAAGACCAGCAUGGCAUUAUCUUAUGGUUCCUAUUAAUAAAGUUGCUGAUCUAAAGACAUAUCCACCACAAAUAACUAUUGAUAUCAACAAAUAUGGUCGCCAGGUUAAAUAUCUUAAUAAUCGAGAUGAAACUAAACACAUGUCUGGAUGGGGAACUGACCCACCCAUAAUAAUUCAAACAUGGAUUCAAGAGCAGUGUACUUCACCUGCUGUUGAUGAAAACAUCAAUUUGACAUACACAGACGAUGAUAUUCGACUGUGUACAAUGCAACGUGCCGUACCACAACAAAGAAUAGGCGUUUAUUUUCACUAUUUUGCACCACAACGAUUUCAUUACAUCAAACUAACUGAAGAUGCACCAUCAAGUUUAGCUCGUCGAGCAGGAUUAAAAAACUAUGAUCGAAUUAUCUUUCUUAACGGUGUCAAUAUUGAGAAUGAUAAUUAUGAUCAGUUUUAUUAUCGGUUUGAUACUGAACGACAUCUUCCAGUUCAAAUGCUUGUUUGUAGUCCAGCCACAUAUGAACACUAUAAAACUAAUAAAAAGCUUUUUCAUAAUGAUCUUACAACUAUUCAACGUUUAAAACCUGUCUAUGCGACAUCAACAUCAGACUCUGAUACAGAUAUGUCAACAGUUUCUGUUGAUAAUUCAAUUUUUUGUGCUGUUCAAUGGGAAAAUAGCAUUAUUGUUUCUAUAGUACCUCAAUCAGCGAUUUUCAAAUCACCUGAAUUUACUGCAUCAAAUGAUGUCUGUUUUAUUGAAACAAAAGGACAAUAUCGUAAAGGACAAAUUAUCUUUAAAGGUUCAAGAAAUGAUUGUGAACAGUUGAAGAUGUCUUCCAUUUCACCAGACAUUGGUGACAUUUCCAGUACUUUGACUAAUCCAUUUGUUAGAACAGCAUCAAACGCUCUGGUUUCAACCACAAAUCCUAGCCAUGAAUUUACUGAUGGCAAGUCUAUAACUUCAUUAGAUGCAACAAUCACAUCAUCUUCAUCAAAAUCAUCUCAGAAACUGGAAAUAGAUACAAUGCAAAGCCAAAUAACUAUACGGGAUGCAAAUGAUGACACUAAAAUAAGGCCGAAUAUUGAUCUUAUUCAACAUAUUCAAGAUCGUAUAUGUAGUACACUUGAAGAUCUUCCAAACGAACUAUUUUAUUAUUUAUUCACUUUCAUCGGUAUUCAACAUUUAUAUAAAACUUUUUGGGGACUUAAUUCACGACUAAACAAUAUUUUUCAAUCCUGUUACAAUUUAUCUCUAAUAUUAGAUGAGAAAGUUGAUCUGUUGUUGAUUAAGUUAUAUGCACCUUAUGUCAUUCGUUUGAUAACUAAGACAUCGAUCGAUUGUGACUUUAGUCAAUUUUCCAAUUUACAUACAGUGGUAUUAUGUAAUACAAACCCAUCUCUUAUGGCUCAAAUUCAGUCUAAAAUGAUUCCCAAUCUGACUCAUCUAUCAUUUUUGUUAGGAUCUAAAUUUACUCUACCACAUCAAUUAGUUUGUGAUGUCUUCUCCAAUAAAAUUCCAUCUCUUCGUCAUGUUAAUUUGGGUUGUAUUGAUGAGUUCACUCAUCAUUCAUGGACUAUAUCACCUUCUCUGCAGUUUGUAUCAAUCCUUUCGUGUAAACCAACGUUUAUUCCGAUCAUUCUUGCUUCAUGUCCCUAUCUUCAUCAUCUUCAAGUUCAUAUUUCUCAUAGUGAUAAUUAUAUGGUCGCUUCAACUUCAUCAUUAAAUCAUCCACUUCAAAGACUGACUCUUUGGAGUGAUUAUACCGAAUUAACUUUUAAUGAUAUUGACAAUAUUCUUACUUAUACAUCUAAGAUUGAAUAUUUGUAUUUACAAACAAUAUAUUCUAUGUCUUUGAUCGAUUUAGCUCACUGUUUAAUCAAUCGACUGCAUUAUUUGUCUCAAUUCGACUGUUACAUUAAAGAAAUGUUGUCAAAGAACGACAGAAUUGCUAAUUUAACUACUUUACAUCAAAUUCAUGCUUGUUUUAAUCGAAUACAGUUUAUUGAAGAAAAUGAUGAGUUUCGAACUAUUGCUACAAAAUAA